AUGCCUCUUGCUUGCUUGUCGUGCCCUUUCUUGCUUUCUUAUUGCGCUUCACUUCUUUCUUAUCAUACUUACUCGUACUUCUUUGCACUUUUAGUGCCGCCUAUAAAAGAAAUUAUGGAAGAUUUAGAUACAAAUUCUUUUGAACCCACAAACCCGAUUGAUUUUGAAACUGUUGAUAGCAUGAGCAUUGAAUUGGUGACUUUUGAUACCGAAUUGUCAGCAGAAAUAGAACCAAAUGAUAGGCAGGACUUUAAUAUUUCAAAGGAUGUUCCUUUUAUGUUGUGGGAUGAGGCUGAAGCACAUAUUAAUGGUUAUGCUAAAGCCAUAGGUUUCUCAUUGCGUCGAAAAAGAGUAGAAGUUAGUGAUAAUGGUGAAGUUAGACGAUGUACCUUUGAGUGUACACAUUCUGGAGAAGUUAGUGAAAAUAAGGUUAUUGAUAUUUCUCAACAACGUAAUCGGAAGUCAAAUAAGAUUUCAUGCCCUUGGCAUAUAAAUCUAUCAAAGCUAAAAUUAUCUGCAGUCGUAGUUAUUAUAAGUAUAGUGGGAGAACAUAACCACCAAUUGCAUCCAAAUGUAUCACUUUAUGCUCCAAAGCAUAGAAGGUUAUCUUCCCAGAUAUUGAAAUCGAUAGAAUUUUAUGUCAAAAAAGGGAAAUUGGGGUCUAAACAAAUCUCAUCGCUCUUAAUAGUGGCAUUUCCUGAUUAUAUGAUCUAUAAAUGUGACCUUUACAAUGCUAUUCAAAAUUUCGAAAGACACCAAGACAACAUAAUAGAGAAGUAUAAACUUUUAUCAAUUAUUUGUUGA